GCAGAUGACUCCGAUACGGGGAAUCGAACCCCGAGCUACCGCGAUCUGAAGAGGAUACGAGGACAUGCAUAUGAAAGGCGGUAAUGUUAGCCGUUACACCAUAUCGGACAAUUCAGGCGUUCCGCUGGCUCUGAGAGGUGUGGCGAGGUUAUGGUCUGCUGAUGUCAGUUCGGGAGUGGGCAGAGUUGACGUGCAGGCGAUGACAUGCGCGCCGGUGUAGAUGGUCAUCCACGCGCUCCUCCGGCGUCCGCUCCGUCUCUGCCAGCCCUGGCUCUUCGCCCGGCUCAUAAGACCCACCUCCAACUGCCGCCCACCAUCCCAGCUCUGUCCGGAGAGCACACCCACCUACCAUGGCCCCGCCCACAGAGAAGCAGGCAGAGAUCCUCAAGCAGUUCCGCGAGCACCUCGAGGAACAGGAUCUCAUUCAUGACAGCGACAACAUCGGCACGGACGACGCUACGCUGCUACGCUUCCUGCGAGCGCGGCAGUUUGACGUGAAGGCGGCGACCACGAUGUGGGAGAACUGCCAGAACUGGCGAAAUACAUACCCCGAACGCCCCGCGGUGUUCGAGUGCUGGCCGCUCUGGUUCCACAAGACGGACAAGAAGGGUCGUCCACUUAACAUCCACCACUUCGGCGGGAUCAACAUGCCCGAACUCUACAAGCACAUCACGCCCGAGAGGUUCUGGCAACAUCGUCGUCAACGCGGAGUCGCUCACCCGCGAGGUCUCCCCGCGUCCGCGCGCGCGGCGGGCCACCAGAUCGACGGGACGUUCGUCAUCGUCGAUCUCAAAGGAUUCGGCCUGAGCCAAUUCUGGCAGAUGAAGAACCUCGCGCGGGACUCGUUUCAGAUUUCCCAAGACUACUUUCCCGAGACGAUGGCGCAGCUUGCGAUCAUCAACGCACCCGCGUCGUUCACGACCAUCUGGAGCUUCAUCAAGCCCUGGCUCGCGAAGGAGACUCUCGCCAAGAUCGACAUCCUCGGCACAAACUAUCAGGACGUCCUCCUCGAGCAGAUCGCCGCCGAGAACCUGCCCGAGAGCCUCGGUGGGACAUGUACAUGCGCGGAAGCUGGCGGGUGCAAGCUGAGCAACGCCGGUCCGUGGAUGCAGCACCGCAAGAUCCGAAGAGAGAAGUGGUUGCGGGGCGAGCGGACGCGAAUGGGGCUGGGCAUGGAGGGCGAGGACGAGGACGACGGGGUGAGGGGGAUUGGAAGCGAUGAGCAGACGAAGGCCGCUACGAACCAGCUGGAGAAGCAGGCGGAGGCUGUAGCUACGGCCGGACAGACCGCGGAUAAGGAGCCUGCGGAAGUCCCGCCUGAGGUCGUGCAGAACCCACAGGAACGUCUGCAGAGCUUCGCGGCGCCCGAGCCUUCGCUCCCAGCCAACACAGCUACGUACGAGAAAUCGACGGAGGUCGUUGCAGAACAGGAUACUGCGCUCAAGCCCGCUUCGCCGCCAGCCCUCUCGCCCUCGGCGUCAGCGUCCUCAUCCUCUGCAUCCUCGUCGUCCUUCCAGUCCGCACGCUCUUCCUUCGGGAGUACCGACACAUUGGGGAGCGCCGGCGGGCACAGCACGAAGACGGGGACGAGCGCGGUAACGGGGACGAGCACGUCGACGACGGAGACGGGCGUGAGCCGGGAUAGCCAGGGAAAGUCCAAGCACUCCAGCAUCCGGAAGAAGCUCAAGAAGCCACUGGAGAAGCUCGGCCUGGGCAGCCUCGCCGCGCGCGCAAACGGCGAGGAGGGUUCGUUGGUUGGGAGCUCGGUGAGCCGCGGGACGUCGGCGGAUGGGACACGGUCGCUGUUCAGACGGAGUCGCCAACCGAGUGCGGUGCCUGCGGAUGAGGACGCGAGUCGUGGAUCUUCGCUGGAUGCUGGGCCGUCUCCGGCGCAAAGUCCGGAAGAUGCACCUGCGUCGACUGACACAGAACCGCCGUCGAGUGCCCUGUCGGCGAAGAGCGCCAAGUCUGUGCAAGAGAUCUACGAGCACCAUCCUGAGACGAGGGUCCCCCAGAUGGGCGACUUCGUCCAAGCAUGA